AAAUCUUUGAUGUUAUGCAGUAGGAUAAGGUCGACUAUUGGGUACGUCACGCAGGACGUAGAGGAGGAAAUGAUAGCUGGCAGGUGAGACGGCAACAUGUGCUGGGACAGCCGAUUCGGCAAGAUCUUCGACACUCCUUUCGCUCGUCGAGUGCGCCGGCUCUACAUGGAAAAUAAUUUGCUUGUGUUUGGAGUCGUCGGUCAUAUAAUGUCUGCCAUGGUGUUCUUCGAUAUGGUCGAGAAGCUGUGCGGGGGCUCAGACACAACUUGGUCUCCGCUUCGACUACUAGGACCUCCGAUGUGGCUCCCGCUGAGAACUGCCACAGGAAAGUUGAUGGCCGCUCAAACAUUGGUGCACAGUGCAAUGUACUUUUUCGCGUGUUACUAUCUGGUGCAAUCGAGAUACCGGAAAAACAUCAGGCUAAUGGGUCCCUGGAUUGUUAUGCACUGUUUCUUCAUGGUAUAUCAAAUAGUCCUCGUAAUGGAGAACCGGGAUGACUACGAACUCUGGGAAGCCUUGUUAGCGCUUUCGGAUUUCCUUAUAAACGUGGUGGUGGUGCUGAUUGCAACCCAUACUGGAAUACAUUGGAUACCGAGUCGCCCACCACAGCUUGCUGCAGCAGGUGUCCCUGUGAGCACUGAACUUCAACCUCUGUAUGCACAUACAACCGAAGAAAAUCCAGAGAGUACUGGUCAUUCUGCCGAGACAGUAUUGGUCACUGAUGAGGCGUGGACCCUGACCCCGCCACCGUCUUACGAAGACGCCGUCCGAACACCGUCGCACGCAACUGGUGCCACCACGUUUUGGCAGCAGGAGAACCAAGGUGGAGCCAUAAACGUCAGUUGGCCGUGGCGCUGGAGGUUAUUUCGCGAGGCAGCCAGGGCGGCGGCAGCGGCGACAGUGACAGGUGGUAUCGAGCUCCAAACGUUGGGAGUUAUAACUGCUGCCCAGUCGGAAACAACUGAAGCUACAACUGCUGCGGAGCUGCAGACAUCGGAAACUGGAAUCGCUGUUGCUGAGCCGCAGCCGUCUAGUGGCAGUGAACACGAUAGCGCGCGCCGCACCGGGUGGCUCAGUCGUUGGCGGUGGAGACGGCUUCUCGAAGCAACGAGAACUGCUGCAGAGGAACGAUCCAGUAGCGGCGGACAGGAGCCGCAGCAGCUGUCAGCGCCUCGGCGGCGUGCUGUUGGUGGGUCGGAGCCUUCCGCUGACCAGCCACUGCUCCAGCCGUCACACUAGCUGACUGCUUGUCUGCGUUUUACGUGUGUUGUAUUGUACUUCAGGUGUUAAAAAAUAGACUACCUACGGCUUGAUUUAAACAAUAAUUUGAAAAAUCUUGUACUGCAUGUGAUCAACUCACAAUGAAGUACUAUUUUUAAAAUUUAACUUCCACUCUUAUGUUGAACAGGGUGGUUUUUAUCGUGUUCCUCAUAAUGUAUGCAGGAAAACCUUUUGCUUCUGAGUUUUGUUGAUAAAAACGUGUGAAAAAUAUUUUGUACUGCAUGCCAUCAUCGCAGAAUUCUUCGUGUCACUGAGUGCCAUUUUUAAAAUUGUUUACUUCGGUGUAGGAACUAUAAAUGAAAACACAUAAUUAGGCUAUGACUUCAUAGUUUUUCUUUUCUUAACUACACACUCCUACAUACAUGCCAGUAAGUCCUUGAAGCAUUAAAUAACGCAGACAUUUGCACUUAAAAAGAAACUUGAUAGAACCUGUUCUAUUACAAGAACUCUUCAUAUUCCCCAGACACAUUGCAGUUCUGAUUUAUUCUCGAAAUAAAGCAGCUUCACCCAUGUAUAUAUUGGUGCUAUUACUAUAGACUGACUCGAUCGCAGUCGAGUUGAGGCGAACGUGCUGCAAUGACAACUUCAAGGACCUGUCUGUAGCAGAAAUACUCAGCAUCAAGAAAGUCAAUUUCCCCCACUAGAACUGACGACCUGAACCAAAUACCUUGAAAUUAGUCGUAAAAGAGAUUCUCGGUUUCAGCUAAUCUAAAUAAGACAUCUGUCAUAUGCAUACAAGAUGGCCGCCGAGUGAGA